AAGUUUUAAUUUUUUUUAAGUUGCCAACUUGACGUUGACCUCUAACCUAUAAAAUUUCUAAUCAAAAUAUGUAAAACUAAAAAUUUCCUUAAAGAACAAAGACGUUGAAAGAACAAAUUGUGAUCAAAUGAAGAAAUAGAAUGGUAUCGAUAAAUAAAUCAUUUAUUUAUGGUAUUUGCUUCGCCUCGUUAACAUGGAUUAUUUCACUGUAUUUAUAUUUACAAUUUAUGCAAACAAAUAAUGAAAUGAAGAAUCUUUCCACAAGUUUACCAUAUGCUGACUUGUUUAUUAAACAUAAUUUAAUAGAAGAUGAUAAUAAUGUGGACAUUGGAAAAGUGCAUAACUUUAAAAUGGCAUCAUUAGAAAAAAUGAAAGAAUUUAAAGAGUAUAUAAAUGAUAUUUCAAAUAAGAAGUAUACAAAGCAAUCUCCAAAUGAUCUUUCAAGUGAAAUUGGUAUGGUGAGAACAAAACAAGAUAAAAAGAUUAAAGACGAAGGAUACAAAUUGUAUGCUUAUAACAUUUUAAUUAGCAAAAGAUUAAGUUUACACAGAAACAUUCCUGAUACAAGAAAUAAAUUAUGUAAAAAUAUAACAUACCCAAUAAAUUUACCAUCAACAAGUGUAGUUAUAUGUUUUUAUAAUGAACAUUUUGAAACAUUGCUACGAAGUGUUCAUUCAAUAAUAGAUAGAACUCCAAAAUAUCUAAAAGAAAUUAUCUUGGUGAAUGAUUUCAGUGAUAUAGAACAUUUACAUGAUAAUUUAAAAAGUUACAUUGAUAAAACUUUUAAAAGCAAUGUGAAGUUGUAUAAAACUGAGAAAAGAGAAGGAUUAAUAAGAGCAAGAAUGUUUGGAGCUAGACAAGCUAAAGGAGACGUUUUAGUAUUUUUAGAUAGUCACAUUGAAGUUAACGUUGAUUGGUUGCCACCUUUAUUGGCAAGAAUUUCUGAGAAUAAAUCGAACAUAGCCAUUCCUAUAAUUGAUUUAAUCAAUCCAGACACUUUUGCUUAUUCAUCAAGCCCAUUAGUAAGAGGAGGUUUUAAUUGGGGUUUACAUUUCAAAUGGGAAAAUUUACCCACUGGAACUUUAUCUAAAAGUGAUGAUUUUAUUAAACCUAUUAAAUCACCAACAAUGGCUGGAGGUUUAUUUGCUGUUGAUAGAAAUUAUUUUGUUGAAAUUGGCGAAUAUGAUGCUGGAAUGAAUAUUUGGGGUGGUGAAAAUAUUGAAAUGUCUUUUAGGGUUUGGAUGUGUGGGGGAAAAUUAGAACUGAUUCCAUGUAGCCGCAUUGGUCACAUUUUUAGGCAUAGAAGACCCUAUGGAUCUCCAGAUGGUCAAGAUACAAUGUUGUAUAAUUCUUUAAGAGUGGCACAUGUUUGGAUGGAUAAGUAUAAAGAUUACUUUUUACACGAAAAACCAGAAGCUAAAACACUCGAUUAUGGCUACAUAGACUCAAGAAAACAACUAAGAAAAGAACUUCAUUGUAAAAACUUCGAAUGGUAUUUACAAAACGUUUACCCAGAAUUAACUCUUCCCACCGAUGAUAACGAAAAAGCUAAAGAAAAGAUGGCCGCAUUGCAACAAGACGCCUUCCAACCGUGGCAUUCACGAAAACGAAAUUAUAUUAAGCAAUAUCAGAUUAGGUUAACUAAUUCUUCUUUGUGUAUGCAAAGUACGAAAGAUUUAAAAUCAAAAGGUAGUGAGUUGGUUCUUAAAAGUUGUGUAAGAGCUAGGCAUCAGGUAUGGUUUGAAACUGAUAAAAAGGAAUUGGUUUUAGCACAACUUUUAUGUUUGCAAGCAGAUAAAAAUAAAGUUAUUUUAUAUAAAUGCCAUGAAAUGGGGGCUGAUCAAGAAUGGCAACACAAAGGGGAGAAUAAAACUCCAAUUUAUAACGUUGCUGCUGGUAUGUGCAUAGGAGUAGAUAAUCCUCAACAUGGAACAAAAAUAAUUAUGGAUUUAUGUACUGAUCUAAAGUAUGGAACUUGGGAUUUGAUAGUUUAAUAAAUAAAAGAAAAGUAUUCCUCUAAGUAUUAAAACUAAUUAUAAUAAAAAAAAUACUCUGUAAACAUUUUAAGACUGAAAUUCCAUCCGCAGAUAAAAAAUAAGAAGCAAAAAUAAAUAUUAAAAUUUUUAAAUUUA